UCCAAACAACGUUAUGCCGCGCACCGUUGACCAGACAAAGCUUUUUAGAAAGUUCUUCAACGCGAUUCAAGGGUUGGAAAAGUGUUGAUUUAAUAUCUCGAUAUGCUGACACCGUUCCGACCUGUCACCAAGGAGAGAUGCUACAAAAACAGGACCGUAUUCACUGUUGCUGCCACAGGAGCGGAAACAGUGCAGCGGAUAUGGGGUCUUCUAAAUAAUUAAGAGCAGAGGAGCGCUUUCUUUACUGCAGACUGACACGUCAAGUAACGGUUCGGUAGAAUCUAACGGAGUUGAUCCACCAAUGCUAUGAAAUCUAACAGAUGACAUAUCGCAACCUAUGAUCGAGAACCAGAUUUUACGGCUGACAUUUGACAGACGGGAGACUGGAAGGGGAGCGGAAGGGAGCGACACUGCCGCCGCGAAAGAGCGCUGGAUCACGGCUGGGAGUCCACAGACCGUCGGUGGGGCACGGCCCGUGCCGAUCUGUCGUCCAUGAUCAGACGUCGGGAAAUAAACAUGUAGCUAUCUAGCUACUGCUACUUGGUUAUAGUACAUAUAAUUCACCCUAAAUAAGAACACGGGAAAGCGGGCUUACCGUGUCGAUUACGGUACGGUGUUCCACGUUAUUUUGACGGUGUCCAGCCUCCCUUCAUCACCUCCACCACCACCUCAGGCCUGCAGUCUCCCUCUCUCCCCCCUCUCACCCCAUUCUGUCCCCCCUGGAAGAGGACAACAUCCUACCCCAGACCACCCUAGUUCCAACUAGACUACAAUCCAACAUCCUUCCACUCCACCCCUUCCCAAACAGACGAGGGGGAGAGAGGAGCUUCGCCCCCCCUCAUCCCCUCCCCCUCCCAACAUGCAGCCUCAGGGCCUGUAUGUAAGAGUCAUGGUACAGCCCAUCCCUAGAUUGAAAUCUUGAACCACUCCAGUUGUACUUUACUGAGUAAUGAAGUGAAGCUAAAUGUUCUGAUGUGAAACUGGGCUGGACCAGCGCUGAACGGACAGGAGAGAACAGGAUGUGACCUCAGCAUCAGCCCACCUCACUUCCUGUUCAUCUCAACUAAUAGUAAGACUGGAUCACAGGCCUCAAAUUCCACAAUCACUCAAUCAAUCAAUCUUUAUUUAUAAAAGCCUUAUUACAGCAACAUUUCUCACAAAGUGCUUUACGGUAGUCACCUUAGUAAACCUAUUUCUGACUUCCAGAGAGCAGGCAGCGGCACAGUGUCAAGGGAAAACCUCCUUACAAGUGGAGAUGUGUUAGCUAACCUCUGACCUCUGACCUGUGUCUGGGCUUGGCUGCUUGUUGGAUCCAGGCUGUAGUAUUGAAAUUAGUGGCUUCUACUGACCGUAGCUAGGGCGUCAGCUUCUAGAAUGUUCUAUUAGGUUCUAGUACGUUCUAAUAGGAUCUAGUAUGUUCUGUUAUGUUCUAUUAGAUUAUAAUAUGUUCUCUUAGGUUCUAGAAUGCUCUAUUAGGUUCUAGUAUGUUCUAUUAGGUUCUAGUAGGCUCUACCAGGCUGUCUCUGACCCUGUGCUGUGGCCUCCUGGCCUGUGGCCCUCCUCUCUGGCUCUAGCUUUGGGCGAGGCCCACGGUUCUUCCCCCUCCCCUGCUCAACCUCCACCAUUCGCCCCUCCCUCGCCACGGCUGUCCUCCCCCCCCCCCCCCCCCCCACCCCCACCCUUCCUCCCCCUCCCAUCACCACCACUCCCCCCAUCAUCACUAUCACCCCCACCCCUCUCAACCCCCAUCUCACCUCCCAUCUCACCCCCAAUCCCCUCCUCCCUCCUCCCCUGUGGUCACCAUGACGACCACUCCCACUGCUCGUGAGCAUCUCCUGGUGGUGAGGAGGCGCAACCCCCACAUGCGUUACACUCUCAGCCCUGAAAACCUGCGCUCCCUCUCAGCCCAGGGCGGUGAUGGCAUUGGCCCUAGGGGUCACGGCGGGGAAAGGUCAGCUGGUGAACGGUCAGGGGUCGGAGGUCAUGGAGAGAGUCAUGGCGGCGGGCUACAAAGGGCCAAUAGCGACACGGACCUGGUGACCUCGGAGAGCAGGUCGUCGCUGACUGCGUCGACAUACGAGUUCACGAUGGGGCGAGGCCAAAACCUGGUCAUCAACUGGGACAUCAAGGAGGAAGUGGACGCCACGGACUGGAUCGGACUCUACCACAUCGACGAGACGUGUCCUGCCAACGUGUGGGACUCUAAGAACCGCGGGGUGAACGGCACCCAGAGAGGACAGAUCGUCUGGAGGCUGGAGCCUGGACCUUACUUCAUGGAGUCUGAGACUAAGAUCUGCUUUAAGUACUAUCAUGGAGUGAGUGGAGGCCUGAGAGCAACAACCCCCUGCAUCACCGUCAACAACCCAGGACUUCCUGUGAGUUCUGUGUGUCUGUCUGUUUAUGCUUAUGAAGGAGUGCUUAUGGACCAAAACUGUCGGAAACUCGUCAGCUUCACUUUAUCAGAUAUCCGUGCGUUGGGUCUGAAGAAGGGGAUGUUCUUUAACCCUGACCCCUACCUGAAGAUGUCCAUCCACCCUGGGAAGAGGAGUGGCUUCCCCACCUUCACACACCACGGACAGGAGCGCCGCUCCGCCAUCAUAUCUAACACCACCAACCCUGUUUGGCCUGGAGAGAAGUACACGUUUGUGGCUCUGAUGACGGAUGUCUUGGAGAUCGAGGUGAAGGAUAAGUUUUCUAAAAGCCGACCAAUCAUCAAGCGCUUCCUGGGUCAACUGACCAUCCCAGUGCAGAGGCUGCUAGAGAGACCUAAUGCAGAGGACCAGCCGCUAAGCUAUACCCUGUGUCGUCGUCUGCCCACGGACCAUGUGAGUGGCCAGCUGCAGUUCAGAGUGGACAUGACCUCUGGACAUGAUGAGGGCUCUCCUGAUGCCAUGGGUUCCAUCUUGGGUUUGUCAGUGAACGGGGACCCUGGGAGCCCCUCUGACGAUGAAGACCCCCACCCUUCCUCCAGGGCCCGGGGCCCCUCUCCCACAGGUUCCUACUCCUCCCUGCUCAACGGAGAGGUCCACAGGGAUGGAGACGAUGUCUGGAGUGAUGCCCGAGGGGCGGUAGGCGAGCUUGACGUCCUGGGAUUGGGAAUCCCGGGCGGCCACACCCAUCGACAGGCGUCCCUCAACGACUACUUGGAUGCCAUCGAAGCUCCUAAGGGCCCCGGAGAGCGGCCCCUGGGCGCGACGUCACCCAAGCUGAGGUCCAGUUUCCCGACGAACACACGACUCAGCGCCAUGCUGCAUAUAGACUCUGAUGAAGACGAGGAGGCAGGGCCGUCCAGGGACCAUCCACCACAUGACAGGAAGCCCUUGCUGCCACUGGCCAAUGGUGUUCAGGCUGGGGUUGGGAAGGGGGCUGCCUCUUCAGAACAGGGCCUGGGAAACAAGAGAAAGAGGGGACAGAGGCAAACAGGGGAGAGGUUGAGGGAGCACAGGGGACAAAAGCUGGGACAGGGGUUGGAGAUGGGGCUGGAUCUGGGGAUGGGGCUGGAGAUGGAGAUGGGGAUGGAUCUGGGGAUGGAGCUGGAGGGGAUGGAGCUGGAGAUGGAGAUGGGGCUGGAUCUGGGGAUGGAGCUGGAGGGGAUGUAGCUGGAGAUGGGGAUGGAGCUGGAGAUGGAGCUGAGAGAUGGAGCUGGAGAUGGGGAUGGAGCUGGAGAUGGAGAUGGAGCUGGAGAUGGGGAUGGAGCUGGAGAUGGGGAUGGAGCUGGAGAUGGAUCCAUGGCUGGGGUUGGAGUUGCAGUUGAAGCGAGGACUGGAGCUGGAUCCAUGGCUGUGGUUGGAUCUCUAACUGUAGCCAGACCUGGGGUUGGAGCUGAGGCCAGACCUGUAUCUGUGGUUGGUCCUGGGGCUGGAGCCGGGGCUCCUCUAUCUCCAAUACCUGAGACGAAUACUGCAGUGCAGGGGGUGUCAGAGGACACUGUUGCAGCCAGAACUGAGACCAGCCAGCAACCAACGAUCUCAGGGGCCACAGCAGCCCAGGAGCCCCUCAGGAACUCACUGCCUGCUGUUCUGAAGACAUCCACUACUCAGAAGAGACGGAAGGAAGAGGAAAUGGCGCCCAAGGCGGAGGAGGAAGGGGCGGAGUCAUCCAGUGAAGGAGCAAGUGCCAUUGCAGCCCCCCCGACGACCAGUAGCGUUGCCGACCAGGGGGGCGGGGCCUCUGGCUCCGAUGUCACAGGAGCAAGGACCGCCAGCGCAGCAGCCAAUGAGGAAGAAGAGGGUGGGGAGAUCUGGCAGAGGAGGUCCAUGCAGGCGUCUGGAGGCGUGUCUCAGGAGGAGGGGGCGCGGUCUUCUGAGGCGAGCGGGCCAAUCGACUCUUCUCAGAGUGUCACUGAGGAGGGCAGCGAGGCAGGAGGGGCCACAGGUCAAGUCAACGGUCACCAGUCCGUCCGCUCCCUGCCCUCUGUCCGUCACGACAUGGGUCGCUACCAGAGAGUAGAUGAGCCACUUCCUCCCAACUGGGAGGCCCGUAUAGACAGUCACAGUCGUGUGUUCUAUGUGGACCAUGUGAACCGCACCACCACCUGGCAGAGACCCACCGCGCCUCCAGCACCGCAGCUCCUCCAGAGGUCCAACAGCAUACAGCAGAUGGAACAGCUCAACCGCAGGUAUCAGAGUAUACGCAGGACGAUGACCAAUGAGAGAACAGCAGAGGAGCUGACAGCUCCGCCCGAGGUGCCCACCGACGACACUGACCACCAUACUAUCCCAGAGUAUCGUCGUGAUGGUGUGGUGACUCCAGAUAGUUCUCGUUCUCGUCUCAGUCUGCUCCUCCAGUCUCCCAGCGCUAAGUUCCUGACCAGCCCUGACUUCUUCACCUUGCUGCAUUCCAACCCUAGUGCCUACCGCAUGUUUACAGGUAACACCUGCCUGAAACACAUGAUCAGUAAGGUGCGUCGGGACACGCAUCACUAUGAGCGCUACCAGCACAACAGAGACCUGGUGGUUUUCCUCAACAUGUUCUCCAACAAACAGCUGGAGCUGCCCCGUGGCUGGGAGCUGAAGCACGACCACACUGGCAAGCCUUUCUUUGUGGACCACAACUGCCGGGCCACUACGUUCAUCGACCCUCGGCUCCCUCUUCAGAGCAGCACACGUCCCAGCAGCCUCCUGGCCCACCGCCAGCACCUGACCAGACAACGCAGCCACAGCGCUGGCGAAGUCAGCCCACAACACAUGGUGGGUGACCACCCUCGUCGUUCUGGAGGAGGACCCCCUGUAAUGCCCCGCCCAUCCAGCACCUUCACCCCGGUCAGCCGCACCCAGUACCAAGAUGUAGUGCCAGUGGCUUACAACGACAAGAUUGUGGCGUUUCUACGACAACCCAAUAUCUUUGAGAUCCUGCAGGAGAGACAGACAGAGUUUAUCAGGAACCACUGGCUCAGGGAGAAGGUGCAGUUGAUCCGUAAUGAAGGGGCCUCUGGUCUUGCCAGGCUGUCUGGUGAUGCAGACCUGGUCAUCCUCCUCAGCCUGUUUGAGGAGGAAGUGAUGUCAUACGUUCCGCCUCACGCCUUACUGCACCCCAGCUACUGCCAGUCCCCACGAAGCUCCCCCGUGUCCUCCCCACAGAACUCACCUGGAACACAGCGAGCUAAUGCCCGUGCCCCUGCCCCCUACAAGCGAGACUUUGAAGCCAAACUGCGGAACUUCUACCGCAAACUGGAGACCAAGGGCUAUGGCCAGGGUCCAGGGAAGUUAAAGUUGAUCAUCCGUAGAGAUCAUCUCCUGGAGGAUGCCUUCAACCAGGUCAUGUGUUACUCCCGGAAAGACCUGCAGAGGAGCAAGCUCUAUGUCAGCUUCCUGGGAGAGGAGGGGUUGGACUACAGCGGCCCGUCCAGAGAGUUUUUCUUCCUGGUGUCCAGAGAGCUGUUCAACCCGUACUACGGCCUGUUUGAGUACUCGGCCAACGACACCUACACUGUUCAGAUCAGCCCCAUGUCUGCCUUCGUAGACAACCAUCACGAGUGGUUCCGUUUCAGCGGGCGUAUCCUGGGCCUGGCUCUGAUCCACCAAUACCUACUGGAUGCCUUCUUCACUCGACCCUUCUAUAAGGGCCUGCUGCGCAUCCUAUGUGAGCUGAGUGAUCUGGAGUAUCUGGAUGAGGAGUUCCACCAGAGUCUCCAGUGGAUGAAGGACAACGACAUCGAGGACAUGUUGGACCUCACCUUCACUGUCAAUGAGGAGGUGUUCGGACAGAUCACAGAGAGAGAGCUGAAGCCGGGCGGGGCCAACCUCCCAGUGACAGAGAAGAAUAAGAAGGAGUACAUUGAGCGCAUGGUGAAGUGGCGUAUUGAGAGAGGAGUGGUUCAACAGACAGAGAGUCUGGUCCGGGGCUUCUAUGAGGUGGUGGAUUCCAGGCUGGUGUCAGUGUUCGAUGCCAGGGAGCUGGAGCUGGUGAUAGCUGGCACCGCUGAGAUAGACCUGGUGGACUGGAGGAGCAACACAGAUUACAGAGGCGGUUACCAUGACAACCACAUAGUGAUCCGUUGGUUCUGGGCGGCGGUGGAGAGGUUCAACAACGAGCAGAGACUCAGGCUGCUACAGUUUGUGACGGGUACCUCCAGUAUUCCCUACGAGGGUUUCGCCUCUCUCCGAGGCAGCAACGGACCCCGCAGGUUCUGUGUGGAGAAAUGGGGCAAAGUUACCUCUCUACCCAGGGCUCACACCUGUUUCAACCGGCUGGACCUCCCUCCAUAUCCAUCCUUCUCCAUGCUGCACGAGAAGAUGCUCACUGCCGUGGAAGAGACCAGCACCUUCGGCCUGGAGUGAUGACCCCUAUCACCUUUAUCCUUUAACCCCCACUCCUGCAACGACCUUUGACCCUGACCUCUGAACUGUAGUAUCACAGAGGUAGAGGAACCCAAGGGGUUCAAGGGGAUGACUGUCUAGUCUGUCUGGCACCCUGUUGUAUCUUUAUACACACUCACCUUCCUGAAGUGAGCUGAACAGAGGAGAAUAGACAGAUGUGUAUCAGAGGGCAUGACCCCUGCACAACGCCAGGGUUUCCCUGUGACGGUUAAGGUCACUUAGACACACUGCCAACACAAACCAAAGGAGAGCACCCUAUCACUCACACCCUUGUUACUCCAAUAAACCAAUGGGAGAGAUGAACUCGUAAGCCUCCAACCAAUCGCACAAUCAAGGAACAAAAACCAAGACCCGGAGUGAGACUCCAACUGGCUCAUCACGUUUUAUUAUUUAAAAUACGGAUUUCCAGUGGAGUCACGUAAGGAAGGUGGUGGUCGAGCUUUUCCUGGAGAGCAAAACCAAAGCUGCUUUAUCUCACUGAGAGGCUGAGGCCGACAUCACAUGACAUCUCUCCUCUGAUAGGCUGAGGCCGACAUCACAUGACAUCUCUCCUCUGAGAGGCUGAGGCCGACAUCACAGGACAUCUCUCCUCUGAGAGGCUGAGGCCGACAUCACAGGACAUCUCUCCUCUGAGAGGCUGAGGCCGACAUCACAGGACAUCUCUCCUCUGAGAGGCUGAGGCCGACAUCACAGGACAUCUCUCCUCUGAGAGGCUGAGGCCGACAUCACAGGACAUCUCUCCUCUGAGAGGCUGAGGCCGACAUCACAGGACAUCUCUCCUCUGAGAGGCUGAGGCCGACAUCACAGGACAUCUCUCCUCUGAGAGGCUGAGGCCGACAUCACAGGACAUCUCUCCUCUGAGAUGCUGAGGCCGACAUCACAGGACAUCUCUCCUCUGAGAGGCUGAGUCCGACAUCACAAGACAUCUCUCCUCUGAGAGGCUGAGGCCGACAUCACAGGACAUCUCUCCUCUGAGAGGCUGAGGCCGACAUCACAAGACAUCUCUCCUCUGAGAGGCUGAGGCCGACAUCACAGGACAUCUCUCCUCUGAGAGGCUGAGGCCGACAUCACAGGACAUCUCUCCUCUGAGAGGCUGAGGCCGACAUCACAGGACAUCUCUCCUCUGAGAUGCUGAGGCCGACAUCACAGGACAUCUCUCCUCUGAGAGGCUGAGGCCGACAUCACAGGACAUCUCUCCUCUGAGAGGCUGAGUCCGACAUCACAAGACAGUGUUGCUCCUGGAGAAGGGGAUGAGAGGAGAGAGGAAGAGAUGAAGGAAGACAAUACAGGUGCUCUUCAGCUACUGUGGCCACGCCUCCUGUCCUGUCAGGGAAAGAGAACCAACCAAUCAAGGUCCAGGCAGCUUUGUGACCUGAGCUUGUUGAACACUCUGACAGGUGUGUUCUAGAACAGAACACUGAUGAUGCGGUGGUGUUUGUGUGGUGAAGCUGAACUUGAAUCUCUCUACAGGCUUUUCAUCUAUCUGCAAAAUGUAUUUUGUAACGGCCACAAACAAUGUUUUUGAAUGUACUGACUGAUAUCACGAUGAUGCGCUUGAAUGUGUCGUUUUUGUACGUCGCUCAAUGACUCUUCAAAUCUAAAUGGCUGCCUCAUUCUUACCAAACUUCAGGGCAAGCUAUUAGCACGAAUAACCAAACUCAGCUACGGUUUGUUUUCGAUAAAGACAUUACAUUGAGUUGGCUUUCCCAUAAUGUUAGACACAAGCUCUCACACACUCUUUCAGUGUUUUAGCUGUGUUCAUUGUUUGCAAGUAUGUUGAUUGUCAUCGUCGCUUUAUCAUUGAACUACACUGCCAGAGUAGAGGGUGAUCUGAACUUUUAAAAUCCGUCAUGUUUGGUUGUUGCUCUUGUUUUUAACUUGCUUCUACUUGUUCUCCUUCUGUACAUUAUCCUGAUUGCCACCUAAUUGAAUACGUUGGUUUAAUAUGUUCCUAUUUCAAUAGGGUUUGGGACCCCGAUAUAACAUCGUAUAAUGACAGAUGUUUGUAUGACCAUGAUAAUGAAAGUAAAACAUGGUGAUUAACAA